AAUCUAUCCAUUUACUUGCACGAGUGUCAUUGUGCUAAUUCACAGCAGCCAUGAAGUAUGUAACAGCGCUUUUUGCCGCCUUGGCUAUUAUCGGUCUGGGACAAGCUCAUCAGUUCCCGGAUUUCGGCAACGGUCCUCUCCACGAAGAUAUCCAGGACAUUUUGGACUUGAUUCCUACUAAAGCAAUUAACAAAAUCUUUUUGAGUUAUGUAAAAGAAGAUUCUGAAGUACGAGAUGCUUUUAAUUAUAUUAGAACUUCAACAGUAAUAAAAGAUAUAGCGAUAGAUUUGGAAGCCAUUCCUGAACUGAUCAAUCUUAUGAACUAUAUGCAAACGAAAGGCGUCGAUAUUUACUCUUUAGUAAACGAGGUUAACAAAGCUCUCGGUAUCGACAAACUCGUACCACCUUCUUCUUAUUCAUAUUCUGCGGUCAUGCAGAAAACCGGUGGGCUUGCAGGCCUCUUCGAAGACAUUAAAAAAGUGAUCCCUUUUUUCAAGUUCAUUCGCAUCUACGUAAACAAGAUGAAAACCUCUCCAGCUUUUGCUGACUGGGUCAACCAACUUAAAUCUGAUAAUUUCCAGCAAUUCGUAAACAAAACCUAUCAAAGUAAUUCUUUCCUGAUUAUCGUGAAUGGACUUAGAAGCAAAGGAGUGAAUACGCAAAUGGUAGCGGAUAUCAUGUACAUAGUACUUGGCAUCAAUGUACCGAACGGUGUUAAUUUUUACUAGAAGCGUACGUUAGACUUUAUGAAGCUUAUGUUUGAACUUUAUAAAACUUAUUCCGAUAGACAAGAUUUUUGAAAUAAUGACCAAGUUUUUAACGAAAAUAAAAAAUGUUCCAUACGUUA